AUGGCAGCCUCGUUUUUUGACGCCUUUACAGACCCUAAAGAUCAGUCAGGGUUCAGUCGAAUAAAAGACUCAUCUUCAGUUACUCACACGCCUACUAACGAUACACCCCAACUUUCAUUGGAAGCUAAAAACCAAAGUUCUGUUUACCAAGAUUACUUGCCUGAGUGGAAACUUGUCACCGACACUUACAGGGCAAAGAAGCUUGCACUACAUCAACAUAUGACUAGUCAGCUAGAGAAACUGUGUGCACUCGAAGACAAGUUUGAAAAGAUGAGCGGUGAUUUCCAUGGAAAGGUUGAAGGAGCCUACGAUCAAUUGUCAACCGAGCUCGAUGGCUGGCAGGAUAUUCUUGAAGCAGAUCAAGAUCGCCACACUCAUGAAAAGGCGGUCAUUCACCAAGUCUGGAGGCUCCAAGAGGAAAGGAUAAAACUCAAUGUGGGAGGUCAAUACUUUGAAACCUCGCUAAGCACUUUACGGCGCGAUCCUAACUCUAUGUUGGCUGCCAUGUUUAGCGGAAAUGGGAUGAUAUCUAGGGAUCCAGAUGGCUCGUAUUUCAUUGAUAGAGACAGUACAUAUUUCAGACUUGUUCUCAAUUAUUUGCGGGACUUAAGGAUACCUCCUAGUGUUCAAGAGGAUUCCAAAAUAAUGGAAGAACUUAUGCAAGAAGCCAUGUUCUAUCGCAUCAAAGGCAAACCUCUUGAAAUUAAGAUGGGCAAAUUUAUCAAGGGGCUGUGGAAAGUAUACCCAGUUGAAAGUACAAGAACCUUGUUACAUUUUGUAGACAAGGAUCUUUCAAAUUUAGACUUUUCUGGUUAUCGAUUGGAUUCUCGUUCAUGUUUCUCGGGAUGUAAUUUAGAAAAUUCAUCAUUUGGCUCGGCAUGGUUCAUUGCUGAUGCAGAACAUGCCAUGGAUUUUACGAAUUCUUUCAUGUGGGGGACUCAGUUCCCCGCAUUAGGUUCUGCUCAGCGGCCUUUUGGUGUUCAAAUCAGAUUUGACGGUGCAGUUGUAGAUGAGAUGAUAGCAUAA